GCUUCUAUGUGUAAUCUAACUCAGUUUUGCUGUUGAACAACAAAACUAUAAGUUGAAGCCUUCUAACCAGAAAAUAUCAACUAUAACACCAAUAACAUCAUCAAAUGACAAAAGUAUAACCAAUCUAUAUAUGUAUAUAUAUAUAUAGGUGUGUGUUUGUCCUAUUUUGCUCAUUCAUUCAUUACUUACUAUAUUGUGGAAUAAUAAUUGCAAAUAUAUAUUAUCAUUCGUAUUACAAACGAUAGUUAUUGAAUCACCGAUAUAUAAUAAUAAUAUUCAAUAUUCAAUGCCUUUAUUCCCGGCAAAAAUGAAUGAAUGAAUAGCCGGGUAUUUUAUAUAAACCAUUAACACAAAUAUGCUUCUAUGUAUUUCUGGAUAGUAUUGACAUGAAGAGUUCUAAAUUUCUAUAGAUGUAAAUGUUCACAUCUUGAUGGAGAAAGCAUUUCAUACACCUUUCUAGAUUUAAGUAUAUAUUAUACACUUUACAUGUUCAUUCAUUUGUAAAUAAAUGUGCUAUUUAGUUUAUUACAUGGUAAUAAAAAAAAAGAGAAACAAAAAAUUACCAAUUGUAUAUGUAAAAAUCUACUAAACAGAGAAAAAUUUUCAAAUAAUAAUUUAUCUUCUUUGCAUCAAAAUCAACAAAACCAGAUACAAGAUCUCUUCAGUGAAACUGCUUUAUUUUUCUUUUUGUCUAACAUUUAAAUGUACUUGCGAACAAACACACAGUGACCGCAUGGAACUAUUUACAUAAGCAACAGAUGAAAGAAGGCUUUUUCAAUUAUGAAAAAAUUACUUAUCAAUAAGCAUUACUAAUCAGAACUCAAUUCAAGUUGAAGCAGCAAAUAACUCAUCAAAACUAAAAGCUUUUAUUAAUCAGGAUGAAAUGUUUGUUAUAUUUUCUUCAAAAUAUACUGUUCAGCUUUUUAUCAGUUCAGUGUGAUGCUGUUUAUAAUGUGAAAAGUGAGAAUGUGUUACAGCUACUCGGAGACAAUGUUAAAAUUUCUCAGCUGAAACAAUCCAUUGAUGUAUCACCGGACUACUUGAAAUGGUCUGAAAAUCAGCAAAAAUACUUCACAUCAAUGAAAAAUAAUGGAGUACCAAGAAGUGCAGUUUAUAAAUCACAGGCUUCAACUACUCCAUCCGAUCAAGCUUUCAUAACCUCUCAAAAUUCUUUACCAAUAAAUAAUAAAAGAACUUUUAAGCAAGCUGCUGUCGUACAGAUAAAUAAUACUACCACGAAUGAUCAAAAAACAACAACUGGUUUUAAUAAUGCCGAAUCAAAUGAAAUUAAUACUACUGCAUCCACUGUAGUCUACUCAGGUCCAGUUUCUGUUAUACUAGGUUUAUUAACAGUCAUAGUUAGUUUUAUAACAAUAUUUGGUAAUAUUUUAGUUCUCACUUCAUUUUUUGUGGAAAGAGCGUUAAGAACAGCAUCGAAUUAUUUUUUAGCUUCUUUAGCUGUUACAGAUGUGUUAAUUGGAUUGUUUUCAAUGAAUUUUUAUACAUUGUACCUUAUUCUUGGACGAUGGCCACUAGGAAGACUUUCAUGUGAUUUAUGGCUAAGCUUAGAUUACACGGCCUGUUUAACAUCUCAGUACACUGUACUCAUCAUAACUAUUGACAGAUUUUGUUCGGUGCAUAUGCCUGCUAAGUACAGAAAUUGGAGAACUGAUAGAAAAGUGCUUAUUUUAGUGGCUAUCACAUGGAUAAUACCAUCGUCAGUAUUUUUUACUACAAUCAUGGGAUGGCCUUACUUUAAUACAAGUGUUAGUCCUAGACGAUCUGAUGAAUGUUAUGCAGAAUUUUCAAAUGAUCCUGUUUUCAAUACAAUUUUCACAGUAUGCUAUUUCUGGAUCACAUUAUGCGUAAUGUUAGGAUUAUAUGUUGGUAUAUAUCGCGUUGCUGCUGACUUACAAAGAAGAAGUGAUGAAAAAAGAAAUCGUGUUUCUGGUCUAAUCACUACGAAUACGCAAAAUGGUAAAAGUAACAAGCAAAUGAAAAUCAAUAGUCAAAUAAAUCCUUUGCAGAACGCGAAUCAAAAAGGCACAAAUAUUCAUACUUAUCCCAAUAGUAGCAGUUUGGGUUGUCCAGGAGAUUCAUCUGGUUUCGAUUCAGAUGAAGGUAAACUGAACCCUGUUAAAUCUAACGUUUUGUCAAAAACUAAUAAAACUGCUGAAAAGCGGAAAGUGUAUUCACAGAGUAAAAGACACAAUGUAACACAACCCAUAACUGAAUCACAAAUCCAGCAUUCUAUCUCACCAUUUCAGAAAAUUGAAGCUCGGUGUGAUGUCCUACCAGGUGUUUUGGAAAAUGUUCGCAUUAUCCCGCCAAAACCAAAAGUAAAUGAUUCAUCAAAACCAAUGUCAGAUAAUUUUAAUGACUCUGCAGAAGGGGACAUAGGUUAUAUUUUACCAGCUUCCGUGAUGCUUAAUGAAGGCGUUGGUCUCAUGAUCAGCUCACCGGUGUUAACUGAUGAUGACAGUGGACUUGAGGUUAAUUAUUAUCAUCCAGUCAUGUCAAAAUUGAAAAAGGAAAGUUCCACUUCUGAAUUCUUUGAUUUUUUAAAUGAAGAUGAAACUGAUGCAAAAACAAAAAAGCAAGAUCAAAUUAGUGGUCAGAAGAAAGAGUCUAAACGUGGAGAAAAUAAUCAAUCUGGGACUGACCAAGAGUAUCAAAAUCGUGUUAUGGAACAGUUUAAACAGAGAUUAGCUGCUUUAAAUAACCAAACUAUGAAAAACCGUGCUCCAAACUGCAUUAAAUCUAAUGAUCAGCCAACAAAUGUAAGUUUAUCGAAAUCCAAACUGACCACCAAUCAUUCACGACUCACUCUAAAUACUUCAAAUUUCUCCGAGUCUACAUCAUCGAAAGGCACUGAAAAUACUACAAAUAAUCUUUGCAAUAAUAAUAAUAAUGAAAAUCGCACUGUAAAUUGUGUGACAAAUCAGAAAACACAGUUUUCUAGCAGUAACAUAGAAGGCUCUAACUCUACUGAUGCUGAUGGUAAUUUACAGUCCCCAUUGUUUGCGAACAAUUCAUCUCCAAUCUGGAAAUCUCGUCCUGUAUGUUGUGAUGGUAUUGCCAGUGCACCUUGUUCUAUUAAAAGCUAUCAAUGUUUCAAUAGACGUAAACAAUCAGAUGAAUGUAUUAGCCAACAAAUCUGCGUUAUCUGCAUGAGUCAGCAACAACAACAACAACAAGACUCUGAUACUCUACAAUCAAGUUCAAGCUAUGGAGACUUUACUAGCCCAGUUGUCUGUGAUGAAAAGUGUCUGUGUCAUUCACAAACAUAUACGCAUAAUGACAACUCGGCAAAAGUAUCCAUUGGAACACGUUUAUUAUACUAUUUAAAGACAUUGAAAUUUAAAUCUCCAUCAGUAAAUAUUAUAGAACAAGUUAAAAAGUCUUUGAUUCGUAGAAAAUCAAAACAAGUGAUUGAACGUGGAAGACGUGAAAAUCGAGCUCGCAAGGCAUUGAGAACAAUCACAUUUAUAAUGGGUGCAUUUGUUAUAUGCUGGACACCAUAUCACAUACUUAUUAUGAUAAAAGGGAUAUGUGAUGAUAUUCAGCAGAAAUACACCUGUGUCAAUGAAAUAUUCUACAGUGUCACUUAUUGGUUAUGCUAUAUGAAUUCACCUAUUAAUCCAUUUUGUUAUGCAUUAGCUAAUGCACAAUUCAAAAAGACAUUUCUACGAAUAUUUCAUGGGGAUUUCAGAAGAUUAUGAAAAUUUUUUGGGGGAGCGAUGAGGAACCCUCAUUUAAAUUAAACACUAACUAGGUGAAUAUGUGCAGAUGUUUGUCUUUUAUUUUUAAAUUUCCAGAAGUAAAUGGCCUAAGACAUAUACGUAAGAUGAUUAGUGAAACUAUUUUCAAAAGUUUCAUGGUGUAAAAAUGCAUUUCUGUUUUAAAGAAAAAAAGAUUUAACAAAAUAUUAUAGAAAUACUUUAUUAGGCAGUUACCUAUUAUAAAUGGAAACCACUUUCUAAUCAGCUUCAAAUGAAAAGUCGUGCAUUUACCGUUGUAUUUUGCCAUAUAUGCAUGCACGCACACACUUAAGCACACACAAACACACCUUUCCUCUAAACUGUGUAUAAUAUUUGAAUAAUCCCUGUGCUGUAAAAAUUUUCAGCUUCUUCGUUCCACUUAAAUUUUCUUCAGUACUUUUUUUCUUUCUUACAUACGCAGAGAGAAUAGUCUACAGAAACAAGUGACUGGAACAUAUAAGUACAGUGUUGCUAUUUUUUAGGAAGGUGUGUUUAUUUCUAUGGAAGAUGUAGUGUAUAAAUGUGAUCACGUUUUGUUUUAAUAUAUAACAUUUCUGGAAGUUA